AAUGAUCCACCAUCAUCUGGUCCCCAAGAAACCCACCAUCAUAGGAUUAAAUGACUACAGGCCUGUUGCCCUGACGUCUGUGGUCAUGAAAUCCUUUGAGCCACUGGUGCUCAAGCAUCUGAAAGACAUCAUAGGCCUGCUACUGGAUCCCCUGCUAUUUGCUUACCAGGCAAACAGGUCAGCAGACGAUGCAGACAAUUUGGAAUGACACUUGCACCACCUCAACCACACAGGGGCGUAAGCCAGGGUCCUUUGGCUCAUCCUUUAAGACCAUUAACCCAGAUAUCCUCCACCAGAGGCUCACCUGGCCCACUGUGCCAGCCACCACCUGUCAGUGGAUCUCCAGCUUCCUGUCUGUCUGGUAGCAGCAGGUGAGAUUGGGGAGCAUUUCUCCCGCACAAGAACCGUCAGCGUCAGUGUUCUCUCCCCACUUCUCUUCUCCCUCUACACAAAUGGCUGCACCUCAGCGGACCCGUCUGUGAAACUCCUGAGGUUUGCAGAUGACGCCACUGUUACUGGUCUGAUCCAGGACAAUGACAAGUCUGCAUACAGACAGGAGGUGGAUCAACUGCUCCACUGGUGCAGUCAGAACCACCUAGAACUCAACCUGCUUAAGACUGUGGAGAAGACAGUGGAUGUCUGGAGAACAUACCCAACACUCCCUCCCCUCACUAUCCACAACAACGCUGAGUCUGCUAUGAAUCCUAGGAACCAACAUUUCUCAGGACCUGAGAUGGUCCUCACACCGUUCGGAAGAAGGCCCAGUAGAGACUAUACUUCCUGCUGCAACUCAAGAAUUACAACCUGCCACAGGACUGGCUGGUCAUCUUCCACACUGCCAUUAUUCAGUCUGUCCUGUGUUUGCCCCUCACUGUGUGGUUUGGCUCAUCCACAGGACAUGUCCGAAUUACAAUGAACAAUCAGGUCUGCAGAGAAAAUCAUCAGGGCUGACCUUCCCUCCAUUCCAGACUUGUACAGGUGUAGGGUCAGGAAAGGGGCAGCUAAUAUCUCUGCAGACCCCACAGAUCCUGGACACAAACUUAGACAUUUACCUUUAGGUAGGCGCUACAGAGCACUAUUUGCACAAACCAACUGCCACAGAGAGAGUUUUUCCCCAUGCUGUCUCUCUGAUGAACACUAAACAGUGCCCAGAUUGAUACUGUGCAUAUUUGCACCAAUUCAAACAUGACCUUCUCUUUUGUAAAAACACUGUUGAUAUACAUAUUUACAAAAUAAGUCUUUGUUUAAAUUGUUAGUUUCUUUAUAUAUAUAUUUGGUGUGUGACGCAAAUACAAGAACAGUCCCGUAGAGGGCAGUAAUGAGCCAGAUGUGCGGAACCGUGCCUGCGGAAUCUUUCUUCCUGCGGUAGGAGCCGAUUAUGUGUUGCACUGCUGAAUGUUUGGUAACCUUCUGGACAGCUGCUUUUUAUAGGUGAGCUCCUCAGGUGUGAUGCUGCCUCUUCUGCUGCGUCUGCCCUUCUCGCCCCCACUGACAGGAUGCGUCCGGGCGCUUCAUUGCAGCGCUCAGUGGAUCAUGCGCCCCCGAGCUGAACACCUCCUGCGGCGGCAACUUACAUCUCGCCUUCCGAUGCGGCGCCACAGCAGGAAGUCCAGGAGUCAGGAGGAGGAAUGGAGGACCAGGAACAAGACGGUGCUGACGUACAUUGCUGCUGCUGGGGUGGGAAUGAUUGGACUGUCCUAUGCUGCUGUACCUCUGUACCGUCUCUACUGCCAGGCGACGGGGUUGGGCGGGACGGCUGUGGCCGGGCAUGACACAGAUCAGGUGGAGACGAUGAAACCAGUGAAGGAACGCGUCAUCAAGGUUACCUUCAAUGCCGACACGCAUGCCAGCAUCCAGUGGAACUUCAGACCGCAACAGAUGGAGAUCUACGUGGUUCCUGGUGAGACAGCACUGGCCUUCUACAGAGCCAAGAACCCCACAGACAAACCCAUCAUCGGCAUCUCCACCUACAAUGUGGUGCCCUUUGAUGCGGGGCAGUACUUCAACAAGAUCCAGUGUUUCUGCUUUGAGGAGCAGCGUCUUAAUCCUCAUGAGGAGGUCGACAUGCCUGUCUUCUUCUACAUUGACCCGGAGUUCGACGACGACCCUCGGAUGGCUCGGGUCGACACCGUCACCCUGUCCUACACCUUCUUCGAGGCCAAGGAGGGUCAGCAACUGCCUCUGCCCGGAUACAGCUACAGCUGAACCGGAUGCAGAGAGAGAGAGACAGAGCUGGAGAACCAGUGACAGGAAACACUCUUCCAGUUGCUGUUCGUUCUCCGAGCAGAUAACUCUUGACUCUUGUCUGGUUUCUGACGAUGCUCCACAAUAACCCAAAACGGGUUUAUCUUCAAGCAAAAACACACCAUUCAAUUAAACAAUUCAAGUUUUGCUUGAAUGCUUUUUAAUUUCUUAAUUUCUGUGGAUAGAAACAUUGCUCUGAGCUUGAAUCCGUCCUAAUAUUCAGACUUAAGCUGUGUCCAUGUGCUGCUGAAAGACUUGAAGCUGUGAAGGUUUUGACCCCUGAGAGAGCAGCUGGAACUUCACAUUACUAUUUAUAUUCAGUUACCUAUCUGAAAGCAGAUUAAUCAGCCCUGGUCUGCACUUCCUCCCAAAACAUGCAUCUGUGUUUUCUUUGGUCAUGAAAAAAAAUAGAAAGUAUAUUUGGGGCAGGUUUUGUUCACUUAAAGGUCACAGGAAGUUGUCUCAGAACAAUCCUGCUGAUGAAACCCUGAGGAGCAGUUAGACAGUCCAUGUUCCAUCUGAGUCCUGUGGGUUUUUCCAGUAAACGGCCUCAGGAACAGCCAGGAGCUCAGAUCCGCAGAACAAACUUACUUCUCCUGGAGAUUCAUUUAAAUGUGACAUUUUAAUGAAUCUCACUGUGUACAUAUCAUAUACAUCACAUCUGUCUAUGUUUAGCAUUUUAUAUGGUUUUAUGCGUCACAGGCGUGUUUCCUAUGCAUCAGGAAUGAGUAAAUAAAAUAAAGAAUAUUUGAUUUUU